GGGCAGAAACUGCUUCGCCGAUAGAAAUCCCGCUUCAGGCGAUGUCGGGGGCGACGCUGGCGAGCUAAAGAAAUGCGUAGAAACACCGCAUCGGGUUGACGGACGUCUCGCGCCAAACUGCGCACGUGCAAGCCUUCAAAUCAAAGGCACUCCUUAUUAACUAUAAAGUCAUUUGUGACGAAAAUGAACACGUGUCAGUUUCGCACUUUCAUGAUGUUGGAAUAAUAACGUGUUGAACUACUUAAAACAUUGUUAGAAUCCAGGUUGUGCCUUUAGAUUUUGAGAAAAGUAAAAACGAAGGAAUACUUUUUGACGUAUGUCAUUGAAGUCUCAAAUCCGGCCUGGUCUGUUUGGCAAGCGUUUCCGGAAGUCUCGCGAUGUUGCGCCUCGGUUUAGAAACUCUGUCAUAGAGAGUGACUUAAGCUAGUUGGCCGACUAGCAUGUUAGUAAAGAAAGUACUUCGCUGCAAAUGUUUCAAAAAGAUAUUGGCCUAUAUAGUCCUGUGGCAUUUAACGAAGACUAAGCGUUUAUUUUUAAGUGUCGGACAGGAUACGGACGGCUGGUAACGUUACAAUACAGGUGUCCUGCUGCAAUGUCAAGGCGGAGCAGGAACAGCCGGGCAUGGCGUUACGUGUGGAGUGGACUACGGCGAGAUGCUGAUUCCCGGGCGCUGGUACUGUCCUCAGAAAGUGAAGAGUGGGGCUACGAACGCUUACAGUACAGUGACUCAGACUCUGAGCCAGACUACCGUCCCGUGGUGCCACCGGUCCCCAGUGCCGUGCCCGUUACCGGAGAGUCGUACUGCACCUGCGACUCCCAGGCCGAGCCCAGCUACAACCCACAUCUCCGGGGCUUCCACCGCAUCAAAGACUGCCACUGUGGAGAGGAAGACCAGGACUUCGACUGGGUGUGGGACGAUAGUAACCGCUCCAUGGCCACGUUGAUGACCUGCGACAACCGCAAAGUCAACUUCCACACGGAGUACAGCUGCGGCACAGCAGCCAUAAGAGGCUCCAAGGAGCUGGCAGAUGGACAGCACUUCUGGGAGAUCAAGAUGACAUCACCAGUGUACGGGACAGAUAUGAUGGUAGGCAUCGGAACCUGUGACGUGAACCUGGAUAAGUACAGACAUACCUUCUGCAGCCUGUUGGGGAAAGAUGACGACAGCUGGGGUCUCUCCUACACUGGUCUGUUACAUCAUAAAGGAGACAAGGUGAACUUCUCCUCACGUUUCGGCCAGGGCUCAAUCAUCGGAGUGCACCUGGACACAUGGCAUGGAACACUCACCUUCUUUAAGAACCGCAAGUGCAUAGGGGUGGCGGCUACGGAGCUACAGAACAAGCAUUUCUACCCCAUGGCGUGUUCCACAGCAGCCAAGAGCAGCAUGAAGGUGAUCCGCUCCUGCUUCACGCCCACUUCCCUGCAGUACCUGUGCUGUGCUCGCCUCCGCAAGCUCUUCCCUGAGUGCCCAGACACCCUGAGCGUACUGCCGCUGCCCCCUGGCCUGCGCCACCUGCUGCACAAUAAGCUGGGCUGGGUCCUCCGCCUCAACAACGGCCUCCUGGGGGCUCCAGGGAGGGGGGGCUUGGGGUCUCACUUGCCCCCUACGCCCCCCUUGGCUGGGGCCUUGUCCUCUGAAAGCGAUGACUCUGAGGGGUGUUCGUCAGACCCGGAGGCAUGUCAGAGGAAGAGAUGUCGUUGGACGUGACGGGAAUCCGGUGUGACCCCCAAUGUAAACACAUGGGGUGUUUCCUAAAUUACACCCUAUUCCCUAUAAAUAGUGCACCACUGGUCAAAGACCCAUAGAACUCUGGUCAAUAGGGUGCCAUUUGGAUGCAGCCAUGAACUGGACUGGAUCCCUGCCCCCUCCCUGAGACACACUCACGUUAUAACCCCUUACACACACACACACACAUAUGUUACCAUUAAUGGUGAUCCCAGGACCUAGGGACAGUGUUGUGGGAACAUUUAAUCAAGAUCAAACGAAUGUGACACUAAGACCUAUGGCCAAACUUCAGUGUACAUUAACAGUAUAUGCAACAACAAUGAUGACAUGAAAUCAAUGAAAAGAGACCAAGUGCAGCAUUAUGUGGAUUGUCACCAUGCUUUCUCCUUGUACGUGAAAUGCUGGUUGGAUUGCUAUAAGAGUGGCCCGUAGUAAGGCCCUAUUUUAAGUUUCUGUUUUAGCUGACCGAAGAACGAAGUUGAGUCCAGAGAGUAGUCGCAAUUUGUUGCGCUUUCACAUCUCCAUGACAACAUUUAUUUGUUACCUUUUUCCUCCCUCUUUGUUGUGCCUUUGUCUGGUCAUGGCACGAAAAUCCAAACAAUCAAUGUUACAUUAUUAAUGCAAGGUGUAAAUAAGACAAGACUCGCACUCACAAUUUGACAUUUUCUAAAUAGGAGAAAAGGACUGCUUUGGAGGUAGUCCUGGUCAGAUUUAUUACAUGUAAAACAUGACCUUCAACAACUAUCCUAUCUGGAAGACCCUAGUCCCUAGAUCAAUGUUGAUGGAGUCUGUCUGACCAAUGGUUAAAGUGAUGCAAUUUGGCGAGAGCUUGCGUUUGUAUGUCAUUAGCUGUUCUCUAAUGAAAUCAUAACUUCAUUAGGCUGGCAUUAACACUGGAAUUUAAUCAAAGUUUUGGAAAAUCUAUGGGAAAAUGUCUGUUCUUGCUCUGCAAGAAUACACAGAUCAAGUAAUCCGUUAUUUUGUUGUUAAUCAGCACAUUUGUUUCGGAGCAGGAACAAUCUUUAUUAUUUUGUUUAAAUCAGCUUGACAAUAUAUUCCCCUGAAUUAUUUUUGUCAUAUCGACACCAGACAUGGCAUCAACAUGUAUUUUUAAUUUAUUUAUAUUUAUUUUUUAACUAGAUGUUGAGGGGGGUUCUGAUUUAUUUUUCACUCAAUACUGCCGUCAUAUUAAAUAUGGGUUGGAGCAGUGAUGACUUAACAGUCAUCACUGCUCCAACUUACACAUACACACGCCAUCUAUGUUGAACUGUGAGUUGUCACGCACCAUUCUUCUACUGACCUCCCUGUUAUGCUCUCCUUCCGCUUGAUGGUUGACUCGUUUUGUCUGUUAGUUAUUUGAUUUUGUUGUCACAUGCAUUUGGUUGGAACCCCUGUGCGUCCAAUGGUUGGGUUGCAGACAUUGUACUGAAUAAAGAAGGCAAAGGGGGUAGAAAAGGGGUGUCCACAUAUUAUAACAUAUAAAUAUAUCUGUGUUUUAUUAUUUUUCAGUGUACAAUGUUGUUUAUUUUAUGCAUCAAAACACUUGUGUGUAUAUACAGUGCAUUCGCAAAGUAUUCAGACCCCUUGACUUUUCCCACAUUUUAUUUCCUAGAGUUGGCCGGACGAGUUUUGGUGGUUCCAAACUUCUUACAUUUAAGAA